AUGGGGAAGCUACGCCGGAGGUACAACAUCAAGGGGCGCCAGCAGGCGGCCCCCGGCACCUCGAAAGGCCCUCCCGAGCCGCCCCCCGUGCGGCUGGAACUGGAGGAUAAGGACACGUUGAAAGGAGUCGAUGGAAGCAAUGCUCUUGUCCUUCCCGGGAAGAAGAAGAAAAAGACCAAAGCCCCUCCCCUGUCCAAGAAGGAGAAGAAGCCUCUGACCAAGAAAGAACGGAAGAUGCUACAGAGAAUCUUAGACCAGAAGGAGAAGAAGAGCCAGCGAGCUGAGAUGCUACAGAAAUUGAGUGAAGUCCAGGUUUCAGAAGCUGAAAUGAGACUCUUCUACACCACGUCCAAGCUGGGCACUGGAGAACGCAUGUACCACACCAAAGAGAAACCAGAUGAUAUGACAGCCCAGGGUCCGGAGAAGAUCAGCAGCCUCAGUGGGGCCCACCGGAAGCGCCGCCGCCAGGAGGCAGAAGAGGAGUCUGAAUCCUCAGUGGACUCUGAACCCGAGGAGGCCCCAACAGACAAUCGGUCAGAGGCCAGUGCAGGGUCAGCCCCAGUGCACCUGCCACCAGCUCCUUCUGGGGCCACAGGCCAGAGCCCAGUGCCCAGCGGCCCAGCCGAGACUCCUGCCCCUCCAGCAGCUACUCCUGCAGCAAUCUCUGCCCUAGCCAGCCCUCCUUCGAAGCCCGCCGUCUUCAUCCCUGUGAACCGCUCCCCUGAAAUGCAGGAAGAGCGGCUGAAGCUCCCGAUUCUCUCUGAAGAACAAGUAAUCAUGGAGGCAGUGGCUGAGCACCCUAUCGUCAUCGUAUGUGGUGAGACCGGCAGCGGGAAGACCACCCAGGUGCCGCAGUUUCUCUACGAAGCAGGCUACAGCAGCAACAACAGCAUCAUCGGCGUCACGGAGCCCCGCCGAGUGGCCGCCGUGGCCAUGUCCCAGCGAGUAGCCAAGGAGAUGAAUCUGUCGCCACGGGUCGUCUCCUACCAGAUCCGAUAUGAAGGAAACGUGACUGAAGAGACCAGAAUCAAGUUCAUGACUGAUGGUGUCUUGCUCAAGGAAAUCCAGAAGGACUUCCUGCUGCUGAAGUACAAGGUGGUGAUCAUCGAUGAGGCCCACGAGAGGAGCGUGUACACGGACAUCCUCAUCGGCCUCCUGUCCCGCAUCGUGUGUCUCCGAGAGAAGAGGCACUUGCCGCUGAAGCUGCUCAUCAUGUCGGCCACGCUGCGAGUGGAGGACUUCACCCAGAACCAGCGGCUCUUCACCCAGCCACCCCCGGUCAUUAAGGUCGAGUCCCGGCAGUUCCCGGUGACAGUGCACUUCAACAAGCGGACACCACUGGAAGACUACAGCGGAGAGUGCUUCCGGAAGGUCUGCAAGAUCCAUCGCAUGCUGCCUGCAGGUGGCAUCCUGGUGUUCCUCACGGGGCAGGCGGAGGUGCAUGCGCUAUGCCGCAGGCUGAGAAGAGCUUUCCCCCUCACCAGACACAGGCCCCAAGAAAAGGACGAUGAGAAAGAUUCAGUAGAGGAAACGAGGAGGUUUAAGAAGUCGCGGGCACGGGCGAGGAAGGCCCAGGCCAUGAUGCUGCCCCAGAUCAGCUUGGACAAUUACUCGGUGCUGCCAGCGGGCGAAGGCGAUGAGGACAGGGAGGCAGAAAUGGAUGACGACGAGGAGGAGGAGGCCCUGGGCUCUGACCUGGAUCUGGACUUAGGGGACGACGGGGCGGACGGAGGUGAGCAGCCCGAUGCCUCGCUCCCCCUCCACGUGCUCCCUCUGUACUCACUGCUGGCCCCGGAGAAGCAGGCGCAGGUCUUCCAACCUCCCCCAGAGGGGACACGGCUCUGUGUCGUGGCCACCAAUGUGGCCGAGACGUCCCUGACCAUCCCAGGCAUCAAGUACGUGGUGGACUGUGGGAAGGUCAAGAAGCGGCACUACGACCGUGUCACCGGCGUAUCCUCCUUCCGCAUCACCUGGGUUUCCCAGGCCUCAGCCGAUCAGCGGGCGGGCCGCGCGGGCCGGACGGAACCCGGCCACUGCUACAGACUCUACUCAUCUGCAGUUUUCGGUGACUUUGAGAAGUACCCCCCUCCUGAAAUCACCCGGAGGCCGGUGGAGGAUUUGAUCCUUCAGAUGAAAGCUCUCAACGUCGAAAAGGUCAUCAACUUCCCCUUUCCGACACCCCCCUCCAUGGAGGCCCUCAUCGCUGCCGAGGAGCUGCUGAUCGCACUGGGUGCCCUGCAGGCUCCCCCAAAAACAGAAAGGGUGAAACAGCUGCAGAAGUCCCGGCUGAGCUGCCCCAUCACCGAGCUGGGCAGGACCAUGGCCACGUUCCCAGUGGCACCACGCUAUGCCAAGAUGCUGGCGCUGAGCCGGCAACACGGCUGCCUGCCCUACGCCAUCACCAUCGUGGCUGCCAUGACUGUCCGGGAGCUGUUCGAGGAGCUGGACAGGCCAGCCGCCAGUGACGAGGAGCUCGCCACACUGAAGGGCAAGCGGGCCCGCGUGGCCCAGAUGAAGAGGAUCUGGGCAGGGCAAGGAGCUUCUCUGAAGCUCGGAGACCUCAUGGUGCUCCUGGGUGCCGUGGGAGCCUGCGAGUAUGCAGGCUGCUCACCCCAGUUCUGCGAGGCCAAUGGACUGAGGUACAAGGCCAUGUUGGAGAUCCGGCGACUGCGGGGCCAGCUGACCACUGCAGUCAACACCAUGUGCCCUGAGGCUGGGCUCUUCGUGGACCCUAAGAUGCAGCCACCUAACGAGAACCAGGUGACCUACCUGCGGCAGAUUGUGACAGCCGGCCUGGGUGACCACCUGGCCCGCAAAGUCCAGAGCGAGGACCUGGUGGAUGACAAGUGGAAGAACGCCUACAAGACGCCCCUCCUCGACGACCCUGUCUUCAUCCACCCCAGUUCUGUGCUCUUCAAGGAGCUCCCUGACUUUGUGGUCUACCAGGAAAUUGUGGAGACCACCAAGAUGUACAUGAAAGGCGUCUCGACCGUGGACAUGCAGUGGAUUCCGGUCCUGCUGCCUUCUUACUGCCAGUUUGACAAGCCCCUGGAGGAGCCGCCCCCAACCUACUGCCCCGAGAAGGGGCGGAUGCUGUGUCACCGGGCCAGCGUGUUCUAUCGCGUUGGCUGGCCGCUCCCGGCUGUCCAGGUGGAUUUUCCAGAAGGCCUUGACUGCUACAAACACUUUGCCCGGGUUCUGCUGGAGGGGCAGGUCUUCCCCAAGCUGGCGUCAUACAAGGGCUGUUUGCUGUCCAGCCCCAGCACGAUGCUGAAGACGUGGGCCAGGCUGCAGCCCAGGACAGAGAGCCUCCUGAGAGCCCUUGUUGCCAAGAAAGCCAACUGCCGAGAUGCCUUGCUGGUGGCUUGGAGCAAAAACCCCAAAUACCUGCUGGCCGAGUACCUUGAGUGGCUCCCACAGGCCGUGCACGCUGAUGUUGAGAAAGCCUGGCCGCCCACCCCUAACCACUGA